AUGAUUCCGCUUGUCUCUGGUAUUUCACGGGUGGCACUCUAUGGAGCCCAACGGAACCACAGCGCUGCUCUUGCUGCUUGCCGGUGUUUUAGGUGGCUAAAGGACGCCUGGGUCCAGUCUUGCAAUCUGGAACUGGAGUUCAGAUCUUCACUGCACCAAGAUAUCACCAGGUUGCAAAAUCUUUCCUUGAAGCUUGCCGCACCUGCGCUUCCUGGCGGGGGCCAAGAUUGGAAGAACAUCAGGAUGCUCUACCAGCAAAACAUGAGACAUAUUCAGAUGGCUAUGUGGAGAAAAGUAGAUGGGAUGUUGACCUUACUGGACGAGCAUGCUGACGUUAGCGAGAACAAGAAUCUGGAGGAGAUCAUGGAACGUGUUUUCAGAGACUACCGCGAUGCACGGGACCAAAUUUGGACUUUUCUGGAAAAUAUGGGAAACCGCUGUCUCCCUAACAUCUUCAGAAUGGACUGUGGCGUUGAUCACCUGCAAGUUUUUCGAAGCUUCCCGCCUAUACACGGGCCCGCCAUGCAGGGGCAGGUUGUAGACUUCUUGGGCGUCACUACCACCUGGCGAGCUGCAUGUGGUGACCUUGACCAGGGAGAGCCCCAUCUGUUCUUGGCUCCUGGUAGGUCCCUGGACUGCCUGUAUGCCAUCAGCGGAAGACCUCUGAGAAAUUGGCCUCUCCUGGAUGAAGAGUACUUGGAAUGGGCUGACGUCCUCCAUGCUGCCUCUUCUGCAGCAACCCGGCACGGGACGGGCCUGCGCAUGGCGGAAAUCGGCGCAGGGCGCAUCGGGAUCUGGGGCAUACGUGCAGCAAAGGCAUUCCUUCGGCUGAAACAAGACAUGGGAACCCACACAUCUUGCGACAUCCUUCUUGUCGAGCCUUUUGACUUGGGCAGCGGGCUUGAUUUGAAGAAUCACAUUCUCCGCAAUCUUCCUGAGGGUCGUUGCAGGAUUACGGUGAAGACGGACCCAGCGAGAACAGCAGAGGACUUGAAGUCGCUCCUAUCUGGCGAGGAGCCGUGGGAUCUAGUAGAUAUUGAUGCUCAGGGCGCUGAGCACGGCUUGCUUCAGGGAUUGACUUCUUGGUUAGCCCAGCGGGUGCGCCGGCUUCACGUCUCUACGCAUACGCGGCGCAUUCAUGCUAACAUACGACACUGGCUCGCAGAGGGCGGCUGGACCAUCCUGGCUGAAAACGGUUUUUACUCUGCUGCACAGCAGCAUCUUGGCCGCUUCGUAGCUGUGGAUGGUCAUAUCAGCGCGACUCCUUCCCAGUACCACGGGCAAAAUAAACACGGGUGA